AUGGAAGACUCAGAUAAAGGUGUAACUCUACAGAGCAUCGUAACCCUGGGCUUGUUGGAAGACUCAGAUAAGGGGCCAGACAAAGUUCGCAAACGUUAUCGGAAAAAACCCGCGUUUCACCGGCAAAAUGGGACGCAGCAAGAAGCCCACUCUAUCACUAACUCCAUAACCCCUUCUUGCCAAACAUCCGGACCAGGUUCAGAGUAA